AUGUUCAUCGUGGUCUAUCUGGCGCUGGGAGCGUGGAUAUUUCAGCUGCUGGAAACACCGUGGGAGAUCAGAGAAAUGGAGACGAUGAGGAUCCUGAAGGCUUCGUUUCUAGAGCAACAUGGAUGCCUCACAGGCCAGACAUUAGAGAAAUUCAUCGUCGCAAUUGUGGAAGCGGAUGACAGGGGUGUGUCAGCCGUAAGCAACGUCACCAUGACAGAGCUCAACUGGAGUUUUGGACAGUCGCUCUUCUUUACGAGCACCAUAAUUACAACCAUCGGGUACGGGCAUGUUACCCCGAACACAACCAGCGGCAAAGUGUUUUGUAUCAUUUAUUCAGUGGUUGGAAUCCCAAUGACGUUUAUUCUAAUCACGGCGUUAGCUGAGCGGCUUCGCAUCCUAACCACGUACGUGCUACACGUACUCAACUACCGACUAGGCCAUCUGUUAUCUCUCCUACGCAUCCGACUGCUCCAUCUGGCGGGCGUUUGUGUGAUGGUACUCAUGGUGGCGUUCGUGGUGCCGUCUGCUGCAUUCACGAUGCUGGAACCGGAGUGGGGAUUCAUGGACUCGUUCUACUAUUGUUAUAUCUCGUUGACCACCAUCGGACUAGGCGACUACAUUCCGGGGGACGACCCCCAUCACAGCAACCCUUCGCUCUACAAGGUGAUCGUGACAAGUAAGGGCGCCCAGAAAUCUUGCAUGCGAGAAUAA